UCAGGACAGCUGUAGCAUGCUAGCUCGCAAACGGGCUGCGUGACCAAGCUAACGCUAUAACUGAUUUAGACAUGCACUGUUGGAUCAGCGUUAAAUUUAUGAACGCACAUUUUCGUAAUUUGGCCUUAAAAUAAUCGUAGCUAUAACUAAGUGAAAUGACAAGCCUCUCAUUGGUCGCAAUCAGAUCGAAUAUAAUAAACUGACGCUAGUAAUUUUAGUGCAUUUGUUAUCCUAGGAGCUAGCUGACAACUUGGUGCAUCGUGUUCAUGAGCUAGCGUAUAACAUACCAUCGUGUUCCCCAGCUAAAAUCGGCAUCCUUUUGAUCUAGUAAGUUUAGCAUUAAUUUAAUAUGCCUUACAUUUUAAACGAACAGCUGGUUUACAGUUUAUGAAUUUUAGCUCAUGAGCAGAAACGUGGUUUUUGAGUCAAGGUUGCCUAAAGAUGAUGGCUGCAUAGUGAGGAAGCUGGUCAGUCUGGCUGGUUGAGGUGUGGAGGGGACGCCACAAACCACGCCAGAGUUCUGACUAAUGAAACUUUCACUGCCCUCUGUAAAUCUCCUCAUCUUCAUGUCUCUCCCUGGAUCAUAGCUACAAAUAUGGUGACGCUUAUAACAGAGCAACUUCGUAAGCAGAGUUUAGAAGAACCUUAUCACAAGGCCUUCUCAUUCAAUGUGAAUGUGUCAUUACCUGCAGUGGGCUCCAGUCCCACUGUCUCAUGGAGUGUUCAUAAAACGCAAGAGAUCAGCUCAGCAACGCACCCAUCAUCCAAAGCCAGUGUUUUGGAUGACUCCUGUGGAUUCAAUUCACUAUGGCCUCCUCACUCUGGAGAAUCACUCCAGGGAUCAGAAGAUUCCUUCAAGGCUUUCCAAAGUUCACCACCACCUCCACCUCCUCCAAAACGCCACUGCCGGUCCCUCUCAGUUCCCGAGGAUCUGUCUCAGUGCCGCUCCACCUGGCAUCCCAGCGCAUCAAGGGUUUGGACCCCAGUGACGCGUGGCUGUCCAAGUGGAGGAGCAUCUAGUUCAGGCUCUGGAGCCAGCUCUUUGCCACUUUGUGCUCCUAGUUCCUCCUCUUCCUUCAUACACUCAUCUUCGAGUCCUACCUUCUUUAGCUUAGCACUCUCGUCCGACUCCCUGUUCUCAUGGGGUUUCCCAUGGGAUUCCUGUGAUGCAUCAAAGGGAGUGUGUUCUGCAUCCUUUGCUACUCCUUCUUCAUGCUCUUCUUCACCAGCCCCCCUGACUUCUCACUCUGUGCUGCAGCGCCGCUUCUCCCUCUCCCCUGUGCACAUUCAGAAUUCCUCUACAGUGCCCUUGCCACCGCAACCCUGUCCAGGUUCAGCUCUGAAAUAUGGUUUUUCAGAACUAGAGCACCCAGCCCUGUCUCAGUCUCCCACUUCAGCCUGCAGCACACCAUCCUCAACUAGGCGUGACUUGCACCCUGCAUUGCCACGAUGCCACUCGCAGCCCUGUGACAUGCGCAAGCCUCGCUUAAAGAGGCGCCAUGACCCAGAUGUUCUGCCUUAUCCAAGGCCAGUCCUUGACUUCAGCAAGAUGACACAGAUUGUCAGUCGUGAGAGUCUAGGUAGCAGUUUGGUUCCAGCAACCUCGCAAGUGGAACCGCACUCAGCUUUCUCUCCAGCCGAGUUCCUGGGACGAGCCAGCAUCGGGCCAUUAAGCGAAAGUGAGGAAGAGGAGGAAGAUGAAAGGAGGACUGCAGAUGGAGGACAAAAGAUUGUUUUUGAAAGAGACUGUACAGAAUUGGAUCUGAACCUUAUAGAAGAAAACUGAGCACUCCUUGGUGCUCCCUGUGUGAUAAUUGCAUUCAUAACCAUGUUAAGCACACCUGCAGGUUUAUGUUAUUUUUUUUUUUUGUACUCUUCUGCAGUGGCUGCGACCCUGCUGCCCUCUUAAGACAAAGAUCUAGAGUUCAGAAGAAAGAACCAAGCAAAUAGGAGCCUGCUAUCCAAUGACAAUGCUGCAAUCGUAACACUUGAGUUCACUCACUAUUCAACAUUGCACAGUAAUGGAUAGUGCCAGCCUGUUCAGCACUCCUUAUGGAAAUGUGCAUGAGCAAAUAAGCAAGGUUUAAUGCGUACAGAUUUUUGACUAAUAUUUGAUAUUAAGACAAGUCUUAAUUAGCAGAAGCCAUUGGUUUGCAUCUUGAUAGCCUUACAUAUCUUUAUCAAAGAACUUUAUAGCCAGAGGGUGGCAGAAUGUUUCUAGUGUAUCUUUAUUUACAUGAUGUACACUAAAUGCCAGUAACUGAAUAGGACUGAUGUGGCAUUCUUCAGUGCUACUUCUGAUACUGGAGUGAUCUACUUUUGUAUUUUGGCUGACUGAAAGAAAUGUGAGCUAUUUAAAGGCAGGUAUAAUUUUGCUAUGUGUAAGAUUUAAAAAAAAAAAAAAAAAAAAAAAAAGGUUAGCCCAAACAAUAA